UCUCCGGCCGCCGCCUCCUCCCUGCCGGCGCCCGCCCCAGCUGCCGCCCGCAGGCUCGCCUGUGCAGCCGCGAUGCCCCACGGCCCGACCCCGGCCCGGGUCGCUGGCCCACUGGGUAAUUAGCAUUCGUGCGCCCUAAGCGCGCUGCCGCCAACGCCGCGCCCCGAAGCAGCGAUGGGCAACACCGUGCACAGGACCCUGCCAGACUCGAGCCCCCCAGCGCGCCUUCUGGCCACCCGGCAGUGCUGCGGGCCCGGCUUCGAGCGGCGCCCUGUCCUGGGCGAAGCCCCGCGCUUCCACGCACAGGCCAAGGGCAAGAACGUGCGGCUGGACGGUCACUCGCGCCGGGCCACGCGGCGCAACAGCUUCUGCAACGGGGUCACGUUCACGCAGCGGCCCAUCCGGUUGUACGAGCAGGUGCGGCUGCGCCUGGUGGCCGUGCGCCCGGGCUGGAGCGGUGCGCUGCGCUUCGGCUUCACUGUGCACGACCCGUCGCUCAUGAGCCCCCAGGACAUCCCCAAGUACGCCUGCCCCGACCUCGUCACGCGGCCCGGCUACUGGGCCAAGGCCCUGCCUGAGAACCUGGCGCUGCGCGACACCGUGCUGGCCUACUGGGUGGACCGCCACGGCCGCGUCUUCUACAGCGUCAACGACGGCGAGCCCGUGCUCUUCCACUGCGGCGUGGCCGUGGGCGGCCCGCUCUGGGCGCUCAUCGACGUUUACGGCAUCACCGACGAGGUGCAGCUCCUCGAGAGCGCCUUCGCCGACACACUGCCGCCCGCGCGCCUCAGCCAGGCCCGCUUCAGCGCCUGCCCGCCGCCCGGCAGCCUGGACGCCGCCAACUUCGACAACAACGAGCUGGAGAACAACCAAGUGGUGGCCAAGCUGGGCCACCUGGCACUGGCCCGCGCGCCGGGCCCUCCACCCGUCGACAACGUGGUCUCCGCCAUCCCGUGCGGGCCCCGCGAGCGCCCGCGCCCCGCGUCGUCGCCGGCGCUGCUCGAGGCCGACCUGCGCUUCCACGUGAUGCGCGGGCCCGACGUGUGCCUGUCCACUGACCGCAAGGUGGCCUGCGCGCCGCGACCCGACGGCGGCCGCACGCUCGUCUUCUCCGAGCGCCCCCUGCGGCCCGGGGAGAGCCUCUUCGUGGAGGUGGGCCGUCCGGGGCUGCAGGCGCCCAGCGCGCUGGCCUUCGGCAUCACAUCCUGCGACCCAGGCGGGCUCCGGCCCACCGAGCUGCCUGCCGACCCCGACUCGCUGCUCGACCGCAAGGAAUACUGGGUGGUGGCGCGCGCCGGACCAGUGCCCAGCGGCGGCGACUCGCUCAGCUUCACGCUGCGGCCCGGUGGCGACGUGCACCUGGGCGUCAACGGGCGCCCACGAGGCCGCCUGAUGUGCGUGGACACCACGCAGGCGCUCUGGGCCUUCUUCGCCGUGCGCGGGGGUGCCGCCGGCCAGCUGCGCCUCCUCGGCACCCUGCAAUCCGGCCCUGCGAUCCCGUCCCCGUCGGGGUCCCUCAGCGGCUCCCAGGACGACAGCGACUCCGACAUGGCCUUCAGCGUCAACCAGUCCUCCUCAGCAUCCGAGUCGUCCCUGGUGACAGCCCCCAGCUCCCCGCUGAGCCCCCCGGUCUCCCCCGUGUUCCCCGCCCCGGAGCCGGCGGGCAGCAAGAACGGCGAGUGCACGGUGUGCUUCGACGGCGAGGUGGACACGGUCAUCUACACGUGCGGACACAUGUGCCUGUGCCACGGCUGCGGCCUGCGGCUCAGGCGGCAGGCGCGGGCCUGCUGCCCCAUCUGCCGGCGGCCCAUCAAGGACGUCAUUAAGAUCUACCGGCCAUAGCCGGGCCCGCGGAUGGGCCUCGGCCGGAGCAAGGUCACCUUACUGAAGCCCCUCGGGGCCCGGCAACCACCACGGCCACAAGGGAGUCCAGGGGCAGCGGUCAUCUCGUCUGUCACUCCCCGGUGUUGGGCAAGAGGCGUGACAGCCAUGGAGACGGGGCCCUGGGGGUCUGAGGCCGGGCGAGGGUUGCUUCCGGCUCCAAAGUGCUUUGCCCCCAAAAUGCCACCCCAAGAGCAAGCUCAGGAACUGCCUGGCAGACCACCCACCUCUCUGGUGACCCCUCGGCUGGGGAACAGUGUCCUCCGCGCAACGCUUUUUGCUGGGGGCGGGUUGAGUUGUGCGUGGUGCUGUCGUGUGUGUCUGAGGAGGGGGAGGGGAGGGAGGGCGACCGAGGAGGGAGAGGGCAUGUGUGCGGGAAGGAGAGAGAGGGUGCGUAGGUGUGUUGACCCAGGAUCCUGGCUCCGGGAGUUUAUGGGACACGAAGGAGUGUGGGUCCGGAGGCCGGCCGUCCCCGGGCCUAGAGGUGGCUCCCUUUCUGGGGCUGUGACGUCAGCUGGUCUCGCCCGGAUGCAGCCCACCCCCGGACGGACGGAACGCCCUCGGACGGUAUGGAAAGGGACACUGAGAUUUUCCCAGAGGAGGAAAACGUAGCUCACUGUUUACGGCUCCAGAGCAGCACCUCCUCGGGGGUUAGGUGGGCGGAGAACAUAAGAGAACAAUUUGCUUCUUCAGUUUCUAACUGCGGCCUGGAGAGGCGGUUUGAUGGGUGCUGCAGCCAUCGGGGAGCUCCGGGCAGGGCCGCCCCCAGAAGCCUUUUCGCCCCUCACCCCCACCCCCUGGCAGCCUAAUAAUAAGCACACGGCACUUGACUCUGUCCCUAGAUGCUUUGGGUCCGCACCGGCCCCCCAUGUCCAAGGAGGAGAGCAACAGGUUAUCUUUUCCUGGGGCGGGGGAGGGAAGGGAGGGAAAGAAACCCAGAGGCGGGGUCUCACCUGGAGCUGGAGAGGCCACUGCAGGGCACAGCCAGCUCCCCACACCUCCUGUUGUAACCCCGGGCCUGCGGGUAUCACCAGGGCAGCCUGCUGGCAGAGUAGGAGGGACCAGGGCUUUGCAACGGUCUUCGUUCUUAGCUUGUCCUCGCCUGCUGAUUGCUAAGGUGUUCAUUGUCCUUGGGAUGUUAACUAGUAACUGAGAUAUUAACUGAGAAUCCUGGCCUUGGGCCUGUCCCCCUACCCAGGGCUAUUUGCUGGGCCCCUGGCCCUGCCCUUGCCGCCUCCUCCCUUCUGGUCCCCCAUUCUGGGCCACACGCCUCUGCCCUGCCCUGGGCUGGGCCUUCGGGCAAGUCCCCGGGACCCCUCUGUUUCUCCGUCCCCAGUCUGACCAAGAGGCAGCCUGGCACCUGCCCACUCCGCAGAUCUUGGGAGGACCAGCACAAUGUUCCGAGGGGCCUGAGACGCCUUGCAAAGAGCAGGUAUUGUUUUUAUUACAAUUCCUCACCUGUCAUUCAUCUGCCGAGGGAGGCAGCGGAAGGAGAGCGUUCAGAGCUCAGGCCUUCCCCUUCGCUGGGUGUCCGGAGGCUCAGAGCCCCGCUGGGCCACGCCCCCGUCAGGCCCCUUGAGGCCGGUGCCCUGGUAACCAUGCUGCAGCCUGCUUCUCUGCCCAGGAGUGGUCACAGUGUUCUGAUCCCAACCUCGGAGAUCCUGCUCUGUCCCCUGCACGAACCCCUGGUAGGUCCUUUUCCCCCAGGGAAUUUGGGAAACACCCCCCCCCCCCAUUGUAAUUGUGCAGCAGAAUCCUUGGGGGAGCUGCCAAGAUAAGAGUUUGAGAAUCCAGGCAGCGCUCGGGGCCCCGCUGAACCUGGUCACUGGGAGCCUUCCGGAGCCUCCUACCACCCCUGUGUGCUGGCUGUGGGCGCAGGCCCGGUGUGGGAAGGCUUGUGGCCCCCAGGCCCCCCGGGACGGCAGUUCUCCAGGCGGCAGGCCCCCUGACCAGCCAGGGCCACAGUCCCGAGCUCCGGGGGUCUCGGUGGCCUGGAGAGCCAGCUCCCGUAGUAUCCUGCCACUUGCCCUUCCUGACCCCUCCCCGAUGUGGGUUCCAGCCAGAGUCACGUACAGACACCACCCGGAAACCAGCGGCACAGGGUCUGGGCCCAGGGUGGGUCCGGCGGUGCCCCUGGCAACCUGUCACCUGGGUGAAAGGAGCGAGUGGCCUGCCUGACUUGCUCUGCAGUUGCUAUAAAUAGCUUCCUGCCUCCAAGAGGAAUGAAGGGCGUGUUUCUCUCCUAAAAAGCAGACCUCUCCUGAUGCUCUGAACUGAUUUCUUCAGCGCUCCCUCCCGAGGAGCUAGCUGCUCGCUGUGCUCUCGGGCUUUGUCUUGAGACGGGGGCAGAAGGAAGGACAGGGACCCUCUGGUUUCUCCCGCGUCUCAGCGCCGAGAGGGAGGUGCCGAGACACGGCAACCCCGGGAACCAGGGCCCGUUCCCGACAGCAGCCAGUGUGAGCCACAGCAUCUUACGUGCCUCUAAGGGAAAACGCUGCCAUCGGUAGCUGUGAGGUGCCUCAGCUGCGCAGCGCAUCCCGGUCAGAGCUCCUGGAAGGUGGGAGAAUCCUUGUUACUUAGAACCAAUGAACACUGGGAUUGUCCCCACUUGGCAGGUAGGAAAGCUGAGGCCCCGGGAGUGAUGUGGAAUCCCAGAGCAGGGCGUGCAGGCAGGGCUGGGACGCACACCCAGCGGUGGACGGUGCUGAAUCCCCUCUCCAGUGCUUGGCCCGGGGUCCAGGAGGGUGGGGCUGCCUGAGUUUUCUUCCUGGAAACUCACCUGAGCGACCCCUGGAUAGUCUGGGCCAGUGCGCCUGGGUGCAGCGUCCCAGCCCCGGGCUGUGGCCCCCGGGCUACCCACACUUCAGAAGGACAAGUGUCCUUCCUUUUAGGCUCCUCUGUCUGUCCUUCACCUUCUCCACACUAAGCGGAGCUGUGCGGGAGUUUGGGUCCAACCCCGGGGCCUCCACCUGUUCCCCCGGGGCAUCCGUGCGGGGCAGCUUUGGGGACGGCCAAAGGCCUUGUCCCAACACCUUCCUGGGCCUCCUGACCUCCAGGAGUGCGUCGGGGGAGACCAGGGGAUGCCCCUGUGUUGUGGCCUCGGCCGGCUCUUUUUGAAUUGCCAGAGACACUAGGCUGUUUCUGAGUCAAAAGAAGUUUCUUUAUCUGGUCCACCCCCAGACCUGGGGGUCUUCUGGGACUCAGCUCUCUGGGGCCACCGCUCCCCAAAAACUGCAGCAUCGCCUCCCCAGCCGUUCAUCACCCACGGGUGGGUGUGGUCCGUGUCUGGGCACAGGGCUGGGGACCAGGGCUGAAGAAAAGGCCCCCGGGAGCUCCCACUGCAGAGCAGGAGAUGCACCGGCUUCUUGAGUUUGAUUGCUCCCUCCCGUAUCCGCUCCUGCGCUUGCCCGUAAUAGGUACUCAUGAAAGUUUUGCCGAUAAGUGAGCAGUCAGGUCACGAGUGUUUGGGGCGUGGAUAAGACACGUGUACAUGCACACAGAGUCAUUCGACAGACCUCUGCCGAAUGCCUGCGAGGGGUGGGACGCUCGGGGGACAGAGCUGAGGGGACAGAGCCGGAGGUCUGAGGCCAGAGGCGCAGGCAUUGAGGGGGGAUGAGACGUGUGGGGCAGAUGUCACUGGGGCUUCUUUGGCCUUGCUGGUCCCUCGGGGUCUGUCUGGGCGAGUGCCCGACAGCUGCUCUCCGGACCCACAGCCUCCUGCCAGCGGCCUCCUCUGCAUUAGGAAUGCUGGGCACCUCGAUGUUGGCGAGCCUGCUGCCAGAUGGCCUGGGGCAGACCCCCCAAGUCCCCACCCGGGGGACGACCACCCUCAGGUCCUGCCAGGGACACGUGAGGAGACGGCUGCCUGCUCCCCUCAGGCCUUGGGACUGGUCUCUGGAGGACCCUGGUUGUUCGUGCAACGUCUCGGAGACCCGGAGGCGGGACCCUCCCACGAGACCCCCUCUCUGCCCCCUUUCUGGCAGAGGGGCCGAGGCUCAGGAACGCGGGGCCUCCCGGUAUUUCAUUUUCUCGCUGUCUUUUCCAAGUCCCUAAUGCAGUGACUUGUACGACAAUCUGUCUGUGCCUUAUGAAAGUGUCUGUGCACUUUUUAUCCUUUUUAAAAGCAACUUUCAAAAGUGGGCAGGGGACUGGCGUGCAUUGUGGUGUUUUAGAAACCCGUGGUAGCCACUGAAAUCCCUCCGCACCGCGUUUCCGGCGGCGGAGCGGUGAAGCGUCCCCUUCCCCGCAACCCCACGGCCCGUGUGCAGAUCUUUUUAAAAAACUGUCUCCUGCUCUUCUUGUCCAUACUUUUCUGAUUCAAUACUGUGACCUCUCCAAUACGGUCUGACCUUUGGGGAACUGUAAUCAAGGUGUUAAAACUUGGGGCAAAGUGGGUUGGGAAGGGUUUGCACUGGUUCCUGUGUGUUGUGCUUUUUUUCUGUGUUGUGUGUUUGGAUUUUUGUCCGUUUUUAUCUGUUUUAUAUUAACAGAAGUUUCCUGUUU